AAUACUCUACGUUUCUGAUAUUGUAGAGCGGAAAGUUUAAGCGUUAUUCUUGGCGCUUAAUGCAAGUCACAAAUGAGCUCAAUCAUCAUGGUUUCGAUUGGGGCAGAUAUCAACAGUGCCCGUCAAGCUUUAGCAGAAACCAGCUGCCCAAAGUGAUCUUGCUCAGACUAUCUACCUAUCCACCUCGUCCAAGAAGCACUGCUAUAUCUCCAAAGUAUGACCAAUGAGUGGAUGUGUUUUGUCAUCGAGGAUGGCAAGCGAUGUACCCGCCAGGCAGUACUCCCAGAAAAGCCUGGUGGUGAUGACAUCCUAUGCGUUCAGCACCUUAUGCAGUUUCGCCGCGAGCAAUUGCAUAUCGGCUUGAUCUCAUCAGGGUCAGAAUCAGUAGGCUCGUUGACCCUGUCCUCAACCCGUAGACGGGCAGGGAGUGAACAACCGCGUACUGCGAGUGCUAAAGAGGCCAACCUUGGAUCUUCUGACGUUCGUCAAAAUUUCUCGAGAACUGCAAACGAGAGUUCGACUCAUGAUACUAUAGAUUCUUCUCAUGUAAGCGUGACAGCAACUUCACAGCCUGAACUGAAAUACGAGUCCGGAGACGAUAUUGACGAGAAGUUUCGCCGAAUGUAUGGCUUCCCACCGAAGCUCAGCCACGAAGAGACUCAGAAGCACGGCUACUUGACCUCGAACCCAGUCGGGAGUAGCCCGUACAACACCGACACUACACUCAGGUUGGUACUUCUUGGUGUUCCAAAUACCGAGGCCUAUAUGAAGGGCUUGCUGGUCGCUGAAGAACUGCGACAAAACACCGGUCCCCUGGUCUCCGCUCGCGACUACACCCAAGAACAUCCUCGCAACGCAUUUCAGGAGUACAACAGAACAAUGUUGGAGGUAUUGGACCGAAGCACGCAAGCAGAUGAAGCCAUCAGCAUGUUAUGCGAGUGGACUGCCAGACUGCUGGAAGAUCAGCAUCGACUUGAACGGCAGAUAAGAUAUUUGCAGGAUGGCCAGGGCGAAGGGUCGGAACAGCAGGCAAGGGAGAGACUGAGCGAUCGGCAUAUAUUGCACAAUCGACCGCGAACUCCAGUUGGUCCGGCUAUAGAUAGUUUGCUGAGGAACACAUUCCGAGGUUCGAUGGAGGUGGAGGUGAAAGUUGAAGACAAGGAACAGGUCUAUGAGGUUGAAGCACGUUCUCCAUCUGGUGCAGAACCUAGAGAUCUGACAAAAUAAGCUUCUCUGUAGAUCUGAGUAGGAAUAUAAUGAAGACAGCAAGGGAGGCAUGUAUAUAUCUUGAUGGUAAUAGUUGG